UAAAAUGAUAAAUGCGAUUGACCAAUUCCAAUAGACUAAUCGGCCGAUUAAGCUAAUCGACGAAUCGCGUAAAGUGAUUCCAAUUAUAAUUGUAAUUACUUAUUGAAUGCACAACCGCUCACUGAGCGCUUAGGAAGCUUUUUCGUCUGGUUGGUCUAUAUCUUAGGAUCUAACAGAAUGUACCAAUCAAAUGAAGAAAACGCAAUGAACGGUUGCGCAUUUGGAUGCACCUAAGUAUCAACUCUAUAAAUUUCAUGUUCCAUGGUUAAUACACGUCAUUGGUCAUUGCUGAUGUGAUCCAAUGUAAUCGUACUUCGUAAAUUUUUACUUGCGAAAUGCGAAUUUGAGAUUAUUUGGACACAAAUUAUUGACGUUAGCAAUCAAAAUCUUUUUUUGUGCAAACAAAAUGGAGGCGUUGUAUCAUCAAACCAAUAAACUAAUACAAGAAACGCAGCACAUUUUCUCGCAGCUCGAGAGAAAGACAUCCGACACGGAUCUGCAGGAAGUGAAGCAAACUAUCGAGGACAAAAUCACUCUUAUCAACAGUAAUUGCGAACGACUCGACGUGCUAUGCCUCAAGGGUCCAAUGUCGCAAAGGCAGAACAACAGAAUGAGAGUGGAUCAGCUCAAGUAUGAUAGUCGUCAUCUCAGCGCUGCCUUGAACUCCUGGUACAAUCACGUGAUGCGACAACAGAGAGAGGAGGCGGAGAGAGAGGCUUUACUGGCCAGGAAGUUUACCACUAAUGACCACGUGGACAUCUUCAUUGAUCACACUGUGCAACAUAAUAACAGCUUGCACAAUGCCGUCCAUGGUAUAGAUGACCUACUGCACCAAGGUAGCAACGUUUUGGAUAACUUGAGAUCUCAGAGAAUAACGUUAAAGGGAGCCCACAAACGUUUGAUAGACAUUGGUAAUACUUUGGGUCUUUCCAAUACUACUAUGAGGCUCAUAGAGCAACGAGCUAAACAAGAUGGAUUUAUUUUAGUCGCCGGCAUGACCUUCACUUGUAUAGUAAUUCUCUUGGUGAUAAUUUACCUUACUUAGACAUUCCAAAGAUUAGUACAAUGUAUUUGCGAUUAAUUGUAAUUGAUUAUGCCAUUUAUAUAUAUUUGUUAGUUUUCAUCACAAUUGCUAUCAAUGCUUAUGAAAAAGAUAAUAAUCUUUGUAGCUAUUUAGAACUACAUUCCAAAACUUCCUUUCCGAGGAAAAUUUUACUCAAA